AUGUCGUGGAAGUCGAAGCUGGCGAGACGUCAAAUCAGUGAAGAAGACCUUCUGAGUGGAAUGCCUCCGCAGACAGGUCUUACUUUCAAUGUUUGGUACAAUAAAUGGUCGCAUGGACCAUCGUCAUCGGUACGAUUUGUGAGUCCCUUUAGGUUGGAUCCCACAAGGGACUCUGGUAAGACUAGAGCCGCAGAUGAUGCGUUUUACUGUCUAUAUUUUGCCAGAGGAUGCUGUGUGAUGGGGUCGAAAUGUGAAUAUUUGCAUCACGUUCCUGAAGAAGAGACAAGUUUUAAUGAUAUCAAAGAUUGUUUUGGAAGAGACAAGUUUGCUGAGUAUAGAGACGACAUGGGUGGUGUCGGUUCGUUCAGGAAACGCAAUAGGACGUUGUACAUUGGCGGACUUGCCGGUGCUUUGAAUAAUAAAACGCUGAAACCGACGCAGAUUGAAAGUAGAUUGAGAUUCAUGUUCAAUAAACUCGGUCCAAUUGAUAAGAUCAGGUACGUGGCCAACAAGAAUUGUGCAUUUGUUAAGUUCAGGAAUGCCAGAAAUGCCGAAUUUGCUAAAGAAGCCAUGACCAACCAGACGAUGCUAUUGCCAAACGACGACGAGUGGGAGAACCGCACUGAGAGCACUGGUCUGCUGGUGAAGUGGGCAAACGAUGAUCCCGACCCGGAGGCCAGACGCCAAGAGGAAGAACAAACCAGAGUAAACUCUAUUCAUCUGAUGGAAAAAUUAUUACAAAACUUUGGGAACUCCAAACGGCAAAGGGAUGAUGCAUCGUCAGAUGCAUCACCAAUUGCAUCGUCGGACACUACACCACGUUCCAUAUCGCCACGUAACCCACGCUCAGACCUGAUUCUAGCAGCAAUCAAGAAACUUAAAUCUCAACGAAAUGACACCGCUCUUCGCCGCUUGGAAGACGCUCUGCAACCCAAACAGACGGAUAUCAAAGCAGCACUCACAGACUACACCACAGAAUCCGACGAGGACUAA